UCCAGUUUAUAUGUAUAAGUUCCAAAGGAUAUGUGAUUUCGAGAGAUUUUUCGAAUGAUUGUUAUUCGAAUGAUAUUAAAAAUAACUAGCAUACGUUCGCAUUGAUAACAGAUAAAACAGUGUAAUCUACGUUGAAAUAUGCAAGUAAAAGAAAGCUAGCACAAAUUACACGUUACUUUAUGAGAAACUCAUUGACGAUGGAUAUGAUGCAGCGACGUGAUAGUGGAAAACGGAGGUUUCCGCGAGCAGUUCUUCCAUCAGGAGUACAGCAACUGUUUCGUAUAUAACGCCGAGUGGUCGGGAUCAGGAAUGGGCGAAAGAGAACGGGCUCGGCAAAUCGACAUCGAGUUCACGUUGUUUCUCGAGCCAAAGGAGUACCUCAACGCGAAGGAGAUCCCAAGCGCACAAAUUGUCUUUCACCACCCUGAGAUAAUACCUGACCCGCAGGAUAACGGAAUUCCCAUCCGUUCCGGUUAUGCGCACACAUUUACCCUUCGACAUCUUGUAACGCGUCGCCUAAAACACCCCUACUGGACAGACUGUAGGGAUUAUGAAAUAGUCAAACGUGACAGAUACAUCAUGCAGAUGACCAAAUCGGUACGUGACCAUCAACCCCUCAAAUUAAUGACAAUAAGAAUGAUAAAAAGUCACAGAUCUCAUUCUGCUGUAUACAAUAUAAUGUGCGCCAAGAAGACUAGAGCAGAAAGAUUGCUUGCUAUAAGCAUUGAUCGAAGGUAGUAUUAAUCGGACCUAUCGUCUCUAUCAGAAACUGCAAGCAGAUUUUUAUCUAUCGACUGAGUUCUCCAAUGUACGUUUUUUCUACUUUGUUCUGUUUCCUAAUUCGAAGUUGUGCGAUCGAGAAUGUGCUUUUAACGCUUCGCUACAGAUGUGUCAUUGUAUACGGCGAGAUAUCUCUCUACCAUACGAAGUAGACUGGGAUAAACAACCGUCUGGAAAGAGACG